UAUAACAGAGAGGAAGAUUGAUCAUUUCAUCAAAUUAUUGUACCGGUAGACACGAGAUUAUUUAAACUUUAGUUGUUAUUAGACAGAGAUUCGUCUGGUUUUUCUGUUGCUUUUAUUCAUAUUGUUAAAAAUUUAUCUUCUUUUUAUUAAAAAUAAUUUAAUAUGGAUAUUAAAAAAGUAUUAGUUAGUGAUGCUGUAGAUCCAGCUUGCGUUCAAUUGUUGGAAGAAAAUGGUAUUAAAGUUGAUUGUAAAUAUAAAUUAUCCAAAGAUGCAUUAAUCAAGGAAUUACAAAAUUACGAUGGUUUAAUUGUACGUUCAGAUACAAAAGUAACAGCAGAUGUUAUUGCAGCUAGCAAUGGAUUGAAAGUAAUUGGUAGAGCUGGAGCAGGAGUUGACAAUAUUGAUAUUGAUGCAGCUACCAAGAAAAAAAUUGCCGUAUUAAAUACUCCUGGAGGAAAUGCCAUAAGCGCUUGUGAAUUAACAUGUACGCUAAUUGCUUCAUUAUCCCGACAUGUAUGCCAAGCGAAUGCGUCACUUAGAGCAGGACGAUGGGAUCGAAAACUAUAUACAGGAUCAGAAUUAUAUGGUAAAACAUUAGCAGUUUUAGGAUUGGGCCGAAUUGGACGUGAGGUAGCACUUCGUUUACAAUCGUUUGGAAUGAAAACCGUUGGAUUUGAUCCCAUUGUAACUGCAGAAGAUGCUGCUAAAUUCAAUGUGAAAAAAAUGGAACUAGAUGAAAUUUAUCCAAUUGCCGAUUACAUUACAAUUCAUACACCUCUAAUUCCAUCAACUAGAAAUUUGAUUAAUGAAAAAGUAUUAAAUGUUUGUAAACCUGGUGUAAAAAUUGUUAAUGUAGCCAGAGGAGGUAUUAUUGAUGAAUCCGCAUUACUUCAAGCGUUAGAAUCUGGUAAAUGUGGAGGUGCUGCUUUGGAUGUAUUCGAAGAGGAACCCCCAACAUCCCCAGUCACGUUAAAAUUGAUCCAACAUCCAAAAGUUAUUGCUACACCUCAUUUAGGUGCUAGUACAGCAGAAGCUCAAAUUCGUGUGGCGGUUGAAGUAGCCGAACAAUUUAUUGCUUUAACAAAAAAAUCGACGAAAUAUACGAGUGCCUAUGGAGUCAUAAAUACUUCGGUUUUAUAAAGUUAUUGUAAUUUUUACGCUUAA